UAGAGCCUGAGAGGAUGAAAAUCAGUUAGAAGAAGGCUGGAGAGUCCAGUAUUUUCUCUCCUGAGCGAUUUGUGGAAGUAAACUACGAAAGGCAAUCCAUGUAAUACUCAGCAGGCUAAUGUACACAUAAUACUCCCAGAUGUCAGAAGAAGAUACAGAGAAAGUGAAAAAUAGAACAACACAAAGCGUUGACAAUGACCAGCAAAAUACUUCCACAGUGCUGAAAGAAGGAGUAACCAACCCUGUCUCACAGCCUAUUGGAGAUCCAAACAGUUGUCCCAGCUCUCUUCCUCUACAAGUCCUCCCUAUCGUACUUCUGAAUCACACAGAUCAUUCAGAAAACCCGCUAGCUCUGAAAGAUGAGAAACCUAUAAAAGGCAUUGUCCUCAGCUCAGUGUCAGAAUUCAGCAUCACAGAUGUAACAUCUAAGGACACAAAAAAUGAGAGGAAACUGUCAGAAUCUAGUACGUCAACGUUGUCAUCCCUUAAGAAAUGCAGGACCCAGUUUAGCUACCUGGAAGAUGAGGCAUCGGUCCAUGAGAGAGACAGUGACGAUGAAUGUGCCACACUCAUCCUGGCCUGCUUGUUCUGCCAAUUUCUGGAUUUUCUAUUCAUGCUGCCAGAUGUCUGUGAAAAUUGGCUGACCAGUGUAUGCUGUCCUUCCCAUAGAUAUCAGCAAACCUCAAGCGAUGACUCCAGCAACAGUGAUUGCAGCUGUGAUUGUGACAUUGACUGCAGCAUCUUUGAGUCUUGCCAUGAAACCAGUGAGUGUCUAGAACUGGCUCUGGAGAUCUCUCAAGUCUGUUAUCACUAAUGACAUUCUAUAUGGAAUCCCCACAAACCAAACCAUCUCUGCUGAAGGAUAUAUUCACAACAAUAACACAUGUUUCUAAAGUGAGAUCUGGAAGCUACACCUGUGUAAAUGUAUCACAUUAUAAAUCUUGUGCAGUUUGUUUAGGGUUGAAAAAAGUAAAUCCACCCCUUUGUGAGAUUUCCUAGUUGCUAGAUGUGUUGGAAGAGAAGGGGAAGCAGGGAACUGUCUUCAAAAUCUUUCCAAGGAUUGUA